UUUUGACCUACAAAAAGACCAAGAGAAACAUUUAAAGACCAUAAAACUAACGAGGAAGAGUGGAGAAUGUGUUUUAACAUUGAACAGAAAACAUGAAGAACUCGUGGGCCAAUGCACACUCACUGUGAUAUUCUUUCAGAGGUAGUCGACGUGUGAUCGUGUUAUAUUCACGACCACAGUUAACAAUUUCAAUUAGUGCUAUUAAUUUUCUAUUACUAUUUUAUAUUAUUAUUUUUUUUUUUUAAGUAAAGUUUAAGUGAUCAUUUAAAUUAAACAAAGUGACAUUUGUGUUUGUGAAUAACAAAAAAAUAAAUUGAAAACCAACAAUUAUCUCUCAAGUAAAAAAUAAGAAUUUAUAUUAGAGGUAAAACAUGAAGAACCAAGCAGUAGUAUUUUUACUGCCUCUUUUGAUUGGCCUGAUUUUUUUUUCAACAUGUUGGGCAUCAGAUAAUAUUGACAAUGAUGAUGGUAAUUCUUCAAGUACAAAACUAUCAACAUUACUUUUAGUUGGUCAUGAUUAUCGUAAUCAAACAUCAAAUAAUCCUGAAACAACAAAUAGCAUGAAAAUGUUGGAUGUUUCAAGUAUUCAAAAGACAUCAAUUGAACAUAAAACAACUGUUGAUAAUAAUCCAAUGCAAUCAUCAAAUUUACCAGAUAAUAAUUCUCAAGUAUUAUCAGAAAAAACUGCUUAUAUAUUUGAUGAUGAUGAUAAUAACAGCAAUAAUAAUUAUGACAAUGUCACAAGAGAACUUGUGAUGCCAAAGGAUAUUAUUGAAUUUUCAGCCGAUGAUGUUUUAAAUGAGUCAGAAGACAUUCCAGAGACCUUGCCGGAAACACUACCUGAAGCACUUGAAUUAAGAAGCUUGAGAGUUGGAAACCGCAGAAAUCCAAUUUACAGAGUAACAAAUCGACCACCAAAUCCAAAUAGACGAAAUGUAUUUCCAGCUGAAGCUCCUCUUCGAUCAAAACGACCAAACCGCAGACCAACUGAAGCUAUCAAACGUGAACCGACUGAAAAUGAUUGUACAUUUUUUACAAAAACAGUUUGUCUAGAAACCGCAAAUUAUCCACAUGAAGCAAUUAUGCAAAGUAUACGUGGUAAUAAAGAUAUGAUAUCAGCAUUAUUAACUGAUUACAAUGGUCAAGAUUCUGAGCAUGAUUAUCGAAAAUCAUUACCACUUGAUACUUCAAGAUUUGAAAAUAGAUAUGAAAAUAAAUACGAGAGCAAUGAGCUCAAAAGAAGAUCUGAUUAUAAUUCUGCAAUUGAUAACACUGAAGAAGGUUUCACUUGUCCAUCUCAAAUAAUGUAUGCACGUCCUCAAUUAGCAAGAGCUGUUUCCGGUACGUGGAAAUACAUUAUCAACACUGGUGAACACACGCAAACACUUCGUCUUGAAAAAUGCUCAAAGCCAAGAGCAAGUUGUUCAUUUAUAUCAGAAAAUUAUCGUUCAUCCUGCACUCAAGUAUACAAUUAUCAUCGAUUACUUACUUGGGAAAGUGGCAUUGGUCUUCAUAUGGAUAUUUUUAAAGUUCCAUCAUGUUGUAGUUGUCAUGUUCAUGGUUAUACUGAAUUAUAUCCACCAAUACAAAAAGAUCCACCAAGAUCACAUGAUGAAGAUUUUCCAGGUGCUGAUUUUGCAACUGAUCAAAAUAAUGAUGGUACAUUUGAACGACCAACAAGUUAUUUAACAAAAUAUAAACCCAGUAGCAGUUUUGACAAUAAUUUUGUUUCAGGUGGUAAUAAGCCAAUUAUUGAUGCUGGUACUUCAAAUCGUCCUAGUUUUACAUUUCCUGGUAGAGUUAGACAAAAAAAACCAUCAUCAUCAACAAGACCAUUUGAUAAACUUCCUCAGCAACAUGCACCAAAUACCAGAGCACCUGGUUAUAAAGGACCAGUUGUUAAAAAAGUUAGACCCAUUAGAAAUAAUAGACCCUUCAGAAGAGAAUCAAAUCAAGACAUGGAUGAAAAUACAUCAACCACAUCAAGCUUAUCCAACUGGCUUAGUCAGUCAUUUAAUAAAGAAACUGAUACAACAUCAACAAGAUUACACAAUGUAGGAUUUGAUGAAGAAUAUCAAGAUCAAAAUAGACGUAUUAAUUAUGAUUAUCAUCCAAUAAUUGAUUUUUUUAAACCUGAAGCAUCAAUGUUACAAUCACCACAAGCAUUAACAAGUCAAACAUCAUCAAGUGAAACAUCAUCUGAAUCAUCAGCCAAUGAUAAUUCAUGGAAACCCAUGAUUUCUUCAUAAAUUUUUCUACUAUAUACUAAAUCAUAUUUAUUUAAUUGUACCUGAUCCAAUAUUAUUAUUUUUUUUUUUUUAUUUGUCUCCUUUUUUAU